AUGUCUACAUUUCUUAGUGCAACUAUCUUGGGACCGAAAACAGGAAGAAUGCGCGAGUUAUUUGUCCAAGAAUUUGUUAUUCUACUCAACGAAGAUGAGAACCUAAGAUCCCUCAUACUGGAGGCCGUUUCGAAGCAGGAGAUUGGCCCCGGAAGGGCUCGAAACAACUUUCGAAAACUAUUAAAGCACUUUGCUAGUGAUCUCAGAGUCGAAGCAUCAGAAAAGGUAGAAGAUCUUCAAAUUUCCCAAGAUCCUGAGUUUGUCAAACAAACUACGCCUGCUCACCUCAACAGCCAAACUUACUAUGACGACACCAGCGAUCAGAUUGAGUUGAGUGAAUCUGAUGAAGAAGGCGACCAUGACGGUGUAGACGAAGAAGCCGAACCAGUCAAGCUGGAUAUUGACCUUACAGAGCAUUUUGACGAAUUGAAACAGUUUAUUCUGGAUAGUGCCGCCUAUCGGACCCUUCGUCGUCGAUUUGAUGAAUUUAUUCGACCUUCUUUGGGAUCUAAAAUUGAAGACCUACUCCUCAGGUGGUCGAGGCAUGAUCAUAGACACCACUCCUUCGUUGCGCGCUACAAGCUCUUUAAUCUAAUUGCCGAGUUGGAGUAUGCUAAUCCUCAUCCACAAGAAAUCAGACUGGAUGAGGACAAUAAGCGCACCUAUUGGCAAGCGUUUUUGGAUUACUAUCAGAAAAAGGCUGAGGAUUAG